AUGGCAGAGAAUAGGAGGAAUAGCGAAGAAGCAGAUGAUGAUGGUGGGGCUCGUGAGGAUCUGUAUAGAGGUUCUGCGCCCCAAGAAACCAUUGCUAUGGGUGGAGUAAACUCAGAUGCACUGAGACCCAACCGCUCCUAUGCUAAGGUGGUAGGGAAUGCAUCAUGGCCUGCGAUCGACUCUCUUCCAGAACCGAUUCAAGCAGGGGAGAUUAGAAGAAUCAUAAUCCCUCAACAGGAUUACGAAUCUAAGAGGCAGUCUUUCCGAUUUGCCCUUAUUGGAAGGGUCGAUUUCAGAGUUAUUUCUUUUGAUGCUCUAAGAAAGGAGGCCGCAGACAAAUGGAACCUAAGCCAGAGGGUUUCUAUGCAUCCCCUUAGAAAGGGUUUUGUUAUCUUCCAAUUUCAAUGUGAAGGGGAUAAGGCGGCAGUAUGGAGAAGAAGCCCUAUGAAAAUAGGAUCGCAACUCAUUCGUUUCCAACACUGGAAACCGGACUUCAACAUCCAUGUUAAGCAGACCUGGUCCAAGCUAAUCUGGAUACGAUUUCCCGACCUCCCCUUAGAAUAUUGGCAUGAGAAUGUUCUUUUAUCCAUUGCAAAAGCUGUGGGGAGACCUGUUGCCUUGGAUCGCCAUACCAAGCAGGGAUUAAUGGGUCACUAUGCUAGAGUACUGGUUGAAAUCGAUACUACUGAAACUGCAUCUCGCAUAGAGGAGGUUCAAGUUGAAUGUCUCGAACCUGGUACAACGAGAGUUUUUGGAUUCAGACAACGAGUCCAGUAUGAAGAUGACAUUAGUCGACGUGGCUUCUGUAAGAGGUUGGGACAUAAGGUGGGAGAAUGUAGAUCUAAGAGGCUUGAAGAUGAAAAACAAGCUGCUAUGGACAGGUCGGCCUCUGUACCUGGUGCAGUCUACAUUGAAGAUAGAGUGGACUCGGUCCGAGUUGCGUCUCACUCGGGUAGAACGCCCAUUGUGGAAACCGUUCCUCAUGAUCCUCUUUCCAUCAUAGCAGCUUCACCUGCCAAUCAUGCAGCUGGGAAGGAGGGCCACGAUUUGAAUGAAACUCCAAUAAAUUGUGGAGAUAUCUCUGUCCGCCCCUCUAAUUCAGAUUUGAAUAACUAUGUGGCUGGAUCCGGGUCGGACUCUGAGGAAGUGGAUAGUGCAGACCCGUCGGGUCAUGAGAGUUCAUCUGAUUCUACAGAGAACUCGGUGGAAAAUGAGAGGGAGGAGGAUGCCCCUGCUGUCAGGGAACUUCCACCUAGGCCAACAAGAAAGGGCAGAGCUUCCAAAGGUCGUGGAGCAUUGUCUUCGCUGAGGGGAGUUAGAAACGUUUCUUCAACUCGUUCCUCGCCAGAGAAUGGGGUUUUGCAGCAUGGUAGCUUCCUCAGCUCUUCCAGAAGGGAUGGUAGAACGGCUUCUCAUUAUCAGGAGAUGGAGAAGAUAGAUAAUGCCCUUUAUGCCCGAGAAAAGGGAAUGGUUGUUUCUUCAAAAGAAGGCAACAAAAAAAAGAAGAAAGCAGGCCAGACUAGCCUAACCUUUGUACACGCUAAUUGUUUUAAGGUCAAACGGAGAGAGCUUUGGUCGAAGCUAGGUUUGGUGGUGAAUCCAAAUCUGCCCUGGUCGGUGAUAGGUGAUUUCAAUGCUACCCUUCUUUUCAAUGAGAAAAGGGGUCCAGGGAGAUUUAAUGCAAACUCAGCUGCCGAUUUCCAAUCUAUGGUGGAUACUUGUCUUUUGUUACAAGUACCCUCGCAAGGUAAGAAGUUUACUUGGACUAACAAUGGCCGGCGAGGUAAUGUAGCUGCGGUCCUCGACCGAAGUUUCUACAAUAGUAAAUGGUUGGAUAUGUUUAAAAGUACUCUUCAAAGGGUCCUUCUAAGGUCAUCCUCUAAUCAUGCUCCCAUUCUAGUUGUGUCAGAUUCGAUCGCCCGACCAGGUAACAUCCCUUGUAGAUUUAAUAAUUUUUGGAUGGAGCAUGAUCUUUUUGAGAAUGUAAUUCAAGAUGUGUGGAACCAGGAAAUAUCUGGAAAUCCAAUUUUUAUUCUUUCUCAGAAACUUAAGCGAGUUAAGCUGUAUAUCAAGCCUUGGGGAAGAAAAAAAUUUCCCAAUAUUGAUAACGAAGUUAAAAAAGCUUCUAAUCACCUAAAUUCUGUUCAUCAAGAAAUUGAGGCUGCAGGGAUGUCAGAUGACCUUUUUGGUCGCGAGGCUGAUGCCAAAACAGCGCUGUUGAAAGCCACACAGUUGCAGGAUAAUCUAUGGGCUCAAAAAGCUAAGCAGAGGUGGAUGAAAGAUGGGGACAAAAAUUCAAAGUUCUUUCAUCUAUCAGUGAAAAUGCGACGGGCUCGAAAUCAAAUCCGCACUUUGCAGAAUGCUGAUGGGGAGUGA